GACAGGGAAGCUUUGGUUCAACAGACCAAACACUCUUGAGGAGAUCCAUCUGUCUGACUUUCAGCCCAUGAUGGAGACUGCCAUCGGUGUGCUGGUGUCCCAGUUCAAGGCGUAUGCUGGUAGAGAUGGUUCCUCUGACACGCAGUUUCAAAAACUGGUCGAGUCAGAGCUCUCCAGCUUUGUGAAGAAUGCUGCCGACGCUGCUGCCAUUGACCAGCUCAUGAGUUCAUUGGACAAGAACAAUGAUGGAGAGCUGAGCUUCCUGGAGUUCUGGCAGCUGAUUGGGCAUCUUGCAACCAAGAAUGGGGGGUUCAGCCAAUAG